AUGGCAUCAAAAACAGUUCAGAUGGUGUUUGUGGUUCUCGGCGCCAUCGAGCUGAUGAUGGUCAUCACCUGCUGUGCCCUGCCUGAGUGGAUUGUGGGACAUCAUGGUCAUACGGAAGUUCAUGGAGGUCUGUGGAAGAUAUGUGCAAAACACACAAAUGGAGUGCAGAUGUGUGGAACGUAUGAAAGCAUCGCGCAGGCCUCACCGCCUCAUGGCUCCCGGGCCAUGAUCGUCUUCAGCUGCAUCUUUGGUAUUCUCAGCCUCCUCCUCCUGCUCUCUGGUGUCGGCUUCACCCCAUGUGUUCAGAACGAAGAUACUAAGACCAAAAUGAUCCUGGCGGCCGGAGUGGGCCUGCUGCUGACCGGCCUGCUGGUGAUCAUCCCGGUCAACCAGGAGACACAGCUAUCAGUGUGGGUGGAAGGAGUGAGGCUGGGAGCCUGCAUCUAUAUCGGCUAUCUAGUUGGUUUGAUGUUGAUUGUGACUGGAGUUCUGCUUUGCUGUUUCGGCAGACCUGGAUCCAGCAGCCCUUCAGGAAUCGUUAGCUGGUUAAGAAACAAAGUUUAAGCUAAAACAUAAACUUAAUUUAGAGAAGCGGUUCUGAACGUGGGCGG